AUGGCGUCUCGAGGCAUUGAUAUCCACCCUAAGGGUUACCACCCUUCUUCCGUCGUCGAAAAGCUGUUCGACAUUAUUGUAAUCGGCGGCGGCCCGGUUGGAAAUUUCGCAGAAGGCCGUCUCGCCCGAGCUGGUCUGAGCGUUGCUGUAAUUCAACACGAGCUGUACGGCGGCGAGUGCCACUUCUUCGGUUGUGUUCCAUCCAAGGCACUUCUUCGGCCCGUCGAAGCGUUUGAGGCAGCCAAGGCCGUUGGCGGAGCCCGAGAGGCUCUCGGUGAUAAUAAGAUUGAUUCUAAGGCCGUAUUCGAGAGAAGAGAUAAGAUUGUUGAUGUAUGGGAUGACAAAAACUGGAUAUCUAUAUCGAAUGGAGCCAGUGGGGCAACACUAAUCCGAGGAUUCGCGCGGAUCGCUGGCACUAAGAAAGUUAGCGUCCACCCGCACGGCGAAACGGAGAGAUAUCUAUUUGAAGCAAGGAUUGCGGUCGUCGUUGCGACAGGCUCUACUCAUGCUGUGCCUUCAAUCCCGGGCAUAGAAUCUCUCGAGGAAGGCAAGGAGCUUUGGAUCAACCGCGAUGCAGUUGCUUCAGACAAAGUCCCCGAGCAUCUGAUAAUUCUCGGUGCUGGACCGGUGGGGUGCGAGAUGGCGACUUUUUACUCUGCCCUGGGCUCCAAAAUCACAGUGAUCACGCCAACGGCGGAAAUCUUGCCCACAGUUGAGCAGGAAGCUGCAAAGAUUGUACGCAAGAGUUUGAUGCAGAGUGGUGUGUCAGUAAAGCUAUCUUCAAGGGCGUCCAAGGUGGAAAAACACGCUGCGAACUCGUUGAUUGUUGAGCUGUCCAACGGAGAAACGAUCAAGGGAUCCGUGCUUUUGAACGCGACGGGACGACGGCCCAGGACCUAUGAUUUCGGGCUGGAUACUAUUGGCCUGGUUGGAGAUGGCCAGCCGUUGGAAACCGAUGCGGCCCUCGCGGUUCCGGUACCAGAGUCCGCUGAAACCUGGCUAUAUGCAAUUGGAGACGUCAACGGUCUUGGUCCAACUACUCACAUGGGAGUAUACCAAGCCCGCAUUGCCAGCAACGCCAUUCUAUCCUCCAUAAAGCAGAAGCAGCUAUCUGUCAAGCUGAAUCUACCCGCUGGAGUCUCAGUGACACAGUCGAAGUCCUUUGAUCGUACCUUCCCCCAGGUCAUCUUUACAGAGCCCAACAUCGCUGCUGUUGGUCAUACCUUGGCUUCUGCUAAGGCUAGUGGCCUCAAGGUGAGAACUGCUGACAGCGAUUUCUCCAUUCCAGGAGCAUGGCUUUAUGGAGAUGGGCAACCUGGCUGGGCUCGGUGGGUGAUUGAGGAAGAAACUGAUAGAUUGGUUGGCGCCACAUUUUGUGCUGUCGAGGGAUCUGAGUUUUUGAAUGCUAGCCAGGUGGCAAUUAUGCAAGGUAUGACUUUGAAAGAGAUGGUACAUGUGGUUCCCCCAUUUCCUACUAGGGGAGAGAUAUGGUCAUAUCUAUUGAACGCUGCCGGGUAUUAA